AUGGAUUUCGACGCGCAAACAGGACCCUUCCGUUUUGAGUGCGAAUCGGAUACGUCGGAUUCCGAGGAUGGCAGCAUCGCCGAGAUGAAAGGUGGAAACACGGCGGCCGGUGACGUGAGGGGACCCGCCGAUAUCGAGAUGAGAGACGAUCCUAGUCUGCGAGGCCUCGACGACGACCGUGAGGGUGGAGAGGGGACGGUCGAUAUCGCUGAAAGCCCGGCACUUGGGGGGAAAUCUGACGAGGAUAUAGGAGAUAGACCGACCGACGUCCCGCCUCCAGGAGAUGAUGGGGUCGUUCAGCGAUUCUUUGUAGAGCUCCCGAGUGACUCUGAAGACGAUUCGGCGGGCGGAGGACAUACAAAGCAAGGUGUGGCGACCGCUGACGACGGCACUGAGAAGUCAUCUCAUAUCGACCUGACCAGCCCGUCCAACGACACGUCCGUAUGCGAUUCGCCGCCUACCGGACCAAGCUUUGCGAUCAGCCAACCGAUCGUCUCCAAUCGGUAUCUGCGCGAACACAUCGAAUCGUUGCGGUGGAUGAAAGAAGAACUUCGCAAGCGGAAUAACCUUCUGGUACGGCUACGGGAAUUGAUGAAGCGAGACCUUGAGGAAAUAGAAAGAGCGAUUAGGCUUAGGGACGAGGAAGAGAUAUUGGACGAGUAG